UGUUCAAAAUAUGUAACCAAUACCUGCUUGUUUGUCUAGUAUGCUUGCACAACUGUGGCUUAAAACUGCGCCUAUCUGUUUUACAUGUCGUGCAUAUCAGGUAUUUGAUAGCCUGGAAUCCAACUCAUAACAACAUAACGAAAUGUCUGUGGGGGAGGGAUUACCAUGGCUUUGACGAAACCACCUGUGUGAUGCCUAGGCUGAUGACGGGGUCAGGCUAUUUAGAGGCAACGAUCCGCACCAUAUCAUAUGACCUCACAACAAUAUGGAAAAUGCUACUGGGAAUACCAUCCGAUGGCUGUAAAAAGUCUGGGAAAUAAUAUUAUGCCAUGUAGACUAAAUGCGAACUGUGUACGUGCGGACCGUGAAACUGCUCUUCACAUGCAGUAAAACAUCUCAUCCACUCGCGGUGUUUUCAAUGGUUGCCCGCAUUGUUUUUGUUACGGGAUGAUGCACCGCACCAGCCAAUCAAUACGAUAAUCAGAUUUUAACCUUGCACGGCUGCAUGCGUGUGUGUAUAUUAUAUGCACAUCGAAGUAAAAAGAUGAGUUCUCUGAGACCCACGGUUCAAGAUGAAUCAUGUGCUAUGUGUGACUGAUGCAGGGAGGAGUGCAGGCCGAUGAUGCAUGUCGAUGGCAGUAUUCUAAAACGGAUCCGUCUAAAACAUAGUAAAGCACUCCCGCCACCGCACAAUGUCUUCCAGGACACGCUUUUCGCCUUAUGACGAAUACGUUUUUCUCUAUGGACUUCCACCAAUCCUAGAGGACGCGGGCGAGAAGGAGGACAGCGGAAGCGAUUCUGACGGGGGAACUUCAGCCGAUCCUCCCGGUCUGCAGGAUUUUCUCAAACACACACCCGCAGGAGAUGACACGGAGGUUCGGCUCCAGGAGUCCGAGAUAAUUGCAUCCGAUACAGCGGCCGAGGUGUACACUGUGAGAACGGAGGAAUUUUCUGCCAGGUUAUCUGCCCUGCCACUUGGAGAGAUUGUAGACGAUGAUGAUGAGGAGGUGACAACUGGAGAUAUUAUCCCGGGUGAUGGGAGCGGCGCUUCAAAAGACUCGGAUGGCAGAGUGAUUACUUUACCUGAGGAUAUACGCACUGUUAUUAACCCUGCCGUCAAAUCAGCACACGACACCGUGGAUGGAAAGGACAGGACUGCUGAUUAUGAAUUACCCGAGCUUGAUUCAGAACAGGAUAAAAAUGCUCAGUUGAACAAUGACUUCGGUGAUCGCAUGUUGCAACAAGACAACGACAGCGAUGGAGAUAUUGAACAAGAUCAGCGUAAGAGAAAUGAGCUAGAAUUGGACUCGGACUCCAAUUCAGACACUGAUUCAUCAUCCAAUACCAGUGAUGAAACAAUGUCAACUGUUCGAGAAAACACUGAAAGCUGCCAACUUGAGUCUGAAGACCGAAAUGAAUUUGGUGAGGGGGAUGACAGUUGCGAAGAAAACAGUGAAUCAUGGCCGAGCGAGGACGAAGAACAUAUUUAUAUCGCACCCGACCUGGAAUUUCCUUUUUAUCAAACAAAUGUAGAACUCGAACAAACUAUCAACGUUGAAGAACUUUUGGAAAAUUUGGACAAGAAAAUCGUUCUCGAGCCUCCAAAACCUGACAAGGAAAGAUACAGCCCCAGGCCCAUCUCUAACGAAGAACUUGACAACGCAUUGAAGAUUCUCCGGAGUGGAAAACCCCAACAGAAGAGGUCGUGGUUCAGUUUGGACAACGUCUCAAGUUCGAAACCGAAUCGAUCUUUUGCUCUUUGUUACGGAGAAAGGAGAAAUUCAGCCGGGGAUGAUAAUGAGCCUAGUAGCCCCGAAGGAAAUGGAAUCGUCUUCAGUUUGACUGGCAUAUCAAAGGACAAGCACCGUUCACAUUCUGCAGAUGAACAUCUCGGAGAAAUGGAGAAUUACAUUCCAAGUGAACUAUCUGUUGACGACCUUGUGUUUCCCCGCCCAGCAUCCGCUCCAAAGGAGUUCUCUUUAGAUCCUGAGGAGGUGACAUGGCGAGAUGACAACCCGUAUACACCUUCAGAUGAACAUUUCAUAAUGGCGACCCCGCAAUCACCCCCUGAGACUAUUGCUGACGAUGGUCCUACCAAACUAAGGCCAGUCUCGCCUUUGGACUCAAAUCAGUUCCCGACGACGAAUGAAGAUCCGGCAAUGCCAGUUGCAGAAAGCGCUCCAUAUGAUCAUUACAAUCCUUUUGAUAAGCAUCGUGAAGGUGAAAAAUCUUACAUACCAAACACACCGCCACAUGAAGAUGCUGCAUAUCCAGGCCAAGAAUCUAAUCCAGAGGAGACGCCAUAUCAACCUGAAGUUUCAAACCCGCCGUAUGACGGUACUUACUCUCCACGUGCACAAGCUGAUGCUAUUCCAGAGACAUUUGCAUCUGAUGACCCUCCACUUCCAAGUCCAAUUUCUCCCUCUAGUUUAAACGAUGACGCCGCCUUACCUGACCCACAGUUUGCACCAGAACCAAUUACAUUUGCUACCCCUUCGGAACCGAGAUCAGAACCACACCCAGAGCUGGUUUGCCAGCCUCCCACUGAGUUGCAUUCUAGUUCACCGUCACCGACAGAACUCCCUCAAGAGCCAACCUCUGAAUGGGCGCUGCCAUCGGCUCUCAAAACAACUCCAAAUUUGCAUUCAAACGUCCACGUUAAAUUUGCUUCUGAAUUUGAUGAAAAUCCUAAAGAAUCUAAUCCAGUGGAGACGCCAUAUCAAACUGACGUUAAAUACCCACCUCAUGACGGUACUUACUCUCCACGUGCACAAGCUGAUGCUAUUCCAGAAACGUUUGCAUCUGAUGACCCUCCACUUCCAAGUCCAAUUUCUCCCUCUAGUUUAAACAAUGAUGCCGCCUUACCUGACCCACAGUUUGCACCAGAACCAAUUACAUUUGCUACCCCUUCGGAGCCGAGAUCAGAACCACACCCAGAGCUGGUUCGCCAGCCUCCCACUGAGUUGCAUUCCAGUUCACCGUCACCGACAGAACUCCCUCAAGAGCCAACCUCUGAUUGGGCGCUGCCAUCGGCUCUCAAAACAACUCCAAAUUUGCGCUCAGAUGUCCACGUUAAAUUUGCUUCUGAAUUUGAUGAAAAUCCUAAAGAAUCUAAUCCAGUGGAGACGCCAUAUCAACCUGACGUUAAAUACCCACCUUAUGACGGUACUUACUCCCCACGUGCACAACCACCCAGAGCAGAUGCAUUUCCAGGCCCGGAAUCUAUUCCAGAAACAUUUGCAUCGGAUGACCCUCCACUUCCAAGUCCAAUUUCUCCCUCUAGUUUAAACAAUGAUGCCGCCUUACCUGACCCACAGUUUGCACCAGAACCAAUUACAUUUGCUACCCCUUCGGAACCGAGAUCAGAACCACACCCAGAGCUGGUUCCCCAGCCUCCCACUGAGUUGCAUUCCAGUUCACCGUCACCGACAGAACUCCCUCAAGAGCCAACCUCUGAUUGGGCGCUGCCAUCGGCUCUCAAAACAACUCCAAAUUUGCAUUCAGAUGUCCACGUUAAAUUUGCUUCUGAAAUCGAUGAAAAUCCUGAAGAAUCCAAUCCAGUGGAAACGCCAUAUCAACCUGACGUUAAAUACCCACCUUAUGACGGUACUUACUCCCCACGUGCACAACCUCCCAGAGCAGAUGCAUUUCCAGGCCCGGAAUCUAUUCCAGAAACAUUUGCAUCUGUUGACCCUCCACUUCCAAGUCAAAUUUCUCCCCCUGGUUUAACCAAUGAUGUCCCGUUACGUGACUCAGAGCUUGCACCAGAAUCCACAUUUGCUACCCCUUCGGAACCGAGAUCGAAACCACACUCUGAGCUGGUUGACCAGCCUCCCACUGAGUGGCAGUCUAGUUCUCCUCCACCAAGGACACCGUCUCCAGCGCCAACAUCUGAGUGGUCACAACCGUCUGCUGCCGAAGCAACACCACUUUUGGUACCAAAUGUGGAUGAUGGAUUUCCUUCUAAAGUUGAUGAAAAUCCUGACGAGUUUCCCCCACCACCUCCAGUUGAUAAUGACGCUUACAUCCCAAAUGACAAAUUUGAUGACCUCCCUCCACCCCCUGAUGACAUCAGUGUCCCAUAUGAUGAUGACGUGAAUGAUGAAAUCUUAGAGCCAGAGGAUUCACCGAUGUCUCCGGAGCCGUAUAUUUCUGCAUCAAUUAAACACCCCAAAGUGUUUUAUCCUCCAUCAUUGCAGACACAUCCACAAGACGUAGAACACGAACAGUUCCCAAGGCAAAUUAAACACGAGCAACGUCCAGUUUUCUCACUGAAGAAAAAAGAGUCAGCACAGAGUGAAAUUGAGAAUAUUUUACCUGUAAAGAAAACCUACCCGACACUGCCACCCAAACCCAAUCUCCAAAAGCAAAAGGCAGUUACGGAAACUCCUAUCAGAUCAUCAUCGGUAACUGAAGAGAAGACACCAGUUGACCUUUCAUCUCUAGACUCGAACCAACCCGAUGAGGUAGCCCCAGAUGAGUCUCCAAUGUCUCCCGAACCUUACAUUUCAGCAUCAGUCAAGCUUCCUACAGUCUUUUCAAUGCCACAGUUUGAAUCUCCAGUUUCAUCCAAAGCUGAGCCAUCAUACAGAGGAAAUAUAAUAGAACAUGAGCAGUUUCCUGUGUUUUCAAACGUCAAUAGAGAACUGGCCUUUGCUGAACUGGAAAACAUUGUACCAAAGCGCAAGGUGCCACCACAGGUGCCUCCAAAGCCAAGGUUUAGAAGACAAAAAAUUGUGGAACCAGACUUGGUUUCGACUGGAGUUGCUGAAGUUGAAUGCCCCAUUGAUUUCUCCAGACUGGACCAAAAAGAUCAAACCAAUGUUAUUACCCCAGAUCCAGAAUUUGUUUCAGAAAAGCCUCUUCCUGGAACAGUAGAGGAAAGUUAUGGGACAGGUGAAACAACCACCCAGGAUGAUGUAAUAAUAGAAGCUGGAAUUUCUGUGUAUCGAGAAGAAUCACAAGAAAUCUACCAUGUCCCUGGAAGACAACAACCGGUGACACGGGCCGAGUCUUUACAAAUGCCGGACGCUGGAGAUUUGUCAUAUAUCCCAAGAGAUGAAACAACACCUCCUGAAGACGAGUUACCAAUACAAUCUCAAGAUGGUGUAGAAAAUAGGUCACUUGAUGAGUCAACGAGAGAGACAGUGCGAAUAAAUGCGAGGCUUUCCUUGCACCGGAUGGAAUCAGGAGAACAGUUCACAGAAACUGUCAUCUCGAUCCAAGAACAAGAAAUCAAGGGCGAGGAUCAACAAAGCUCUUCAUCAGACAGUGAGGAAGAUGUUUCUGUCUUUGCAAGUACAACUGGAUGCAAUAAAGACGAGGAUGAGCUGUUUGGUAGUGAGAGAUACAAUGAUGAUGGCACAUUUAGCACAGAAGACAAUUACCAUCCGUCCGCUGCGCUCCCUGAAGCUUUCGAAUCCUUUCCUGGUGCGAGUGCUCCCGCUGUGGACUCUAACAGCGAUCAUUUCGAGUCUCCUGAAUUUUCAUCAGCGGAUGAGUUUGUAGCAGAAGCUGAUAUUGCCAUACGUAAGAUGUCGGCAGCAAUGAAUGCGCAUCAUCUUAAGGAGAUUACCUCAUCCUCGUCUUCGAGCUCGGAUGAUUCGUCUGCAUCAUCAGACUCGGAUGACAGUAGUUACGAGUCUGCUGAGGAGCACACAUACAUCGUGACAGAAUCAGGAGAGGGUUUUGAGGAGGAGGAUGACAAUCAGGGGUAUGGAGUAGUCUCGAGGCCGCUUCCACAGGUCAUUGAAGAGGGAGAAGAAGAAGAAGAAGAAGAAGAAGAAGAAGAAGAAGAAGAAGAAGAGGAAGAAGAGGAAGAGGAGGAAGAAGAGGAGAAAUAUAGCCAUGAUGCGUAUGUCGACGAUAACCAGAAGAAUGAAGAGGAAAUAAAAGAAGAUGAACCUAUUGAGGACCAGGAAGGAGAGGAACAAAUUGAACACGAAGAUGAAAGGGUUGAGCAUAUGAAUACCAAAAACAGCGAUGAUGAAGCCCCUCAUGAACAACAUGUCACCAUAUCUUUGGAAGCAACUCGUGACCAACCUGAGGAAUUGCCCGACUCUGAAAUACCGAAUGUUACACCAACUGAAAAACCUAGGUAUCCUAAAUAUAUCAACUACGACAGACCAAUGUACGAAAACAAGCCAGGUGUGGGAGCAGAAUAUGAUGGAUCUGUGGAACAAAUCUUUGAUCUGCCCCACAAAACCGCAGAAGAUUCACCACCGCUUCGUAAAUCACCUGAGAUGUUGGAGACGACAAUCCCCGGUGAUGAACAUGAAGGUUCUGAAUCAUCGAACGAAUCAGACACUACCGAGGAGUCAUCUGAUCAUUCUGAAGAUAAUGAGGAGGAGGAGCAGGAAGAGGAAGAUGAAGAAGGAAGUGAUGAGAGGGAAUAUCGUGAGCAGACAAUGGAUUUCUCAAGUGAAUAUUCCGACGAGCCUGAAUGGCUGCCUCCACCACCUUCUACUGGGGCACGGGUAUUUGUACUGACGUCAAACAUGCCAUAUCCAGUUAAGGUGGAGCCACGUCCUGCUCCAGUCGUCCUCCGUCAGCAUCAUCGUGAAGAUGAUCCACAAUUUUAUGAACCACGGUAUACAGAUACAUCUAGCAUUCAUUCUGAACAGAACGCAGAUGAAACAAAAGGAGGUACAGUCGGUGACGUUAUGAGGAAAGGAGACGACGAGGACUACAAUAAAUCUGAGGAAGUAUUUGAAUCAGACCAAUAUUUCAGGCCAAUCACUGAGGUUGCUCCCUCUGCGUCAAAAUCGAAUCUCGAAGAGACUGCAAGACCAAUUCCUCAAUACACAACUGAGGAAACUCACGACUCACCCCAGUCAGUGACUUCAGCACCCGAAAAUGCUCCAGAAGUUUCAAGAGAUUCCAUCGCACCAGGAGAACAGAAAAGCAAUGCUCAAGACGUGAAAUCUGUGACAAUUACUUACACCGUGAUUCAUACCAAACCUCUUCAGGAUGGAACUCGAGAUGUAGACGGUAACACCUCUUCCGAUUCCCUCCCACAAGAUGCACCAACAUCAGAUGAUCGGCAGCAUCCCAAAGACGAAGAAAUGGAAGACCGGGGGGUUACUGAUAAAUCAAUCCCUCAAUCCAACUCAUAUCAACGCGUUUUGAAAGAUGAAGACUUUCCCGAGUAUGCCUCCGACCCACCCUACCGAGGCGGUCCCCCUUCAAAUGGCUUCACAGAAUCUCCGACAGAAUACAGCGAAACAAUACAACCAGUAAAUGCCGCAGUUGUGGAAUCAAGUCCCCCGUCUGGACCAAGAGAGCCCUCUAUCAAACAACGGGUUGGUGACAGUCUUCCGCCAUAUGAGACUGAUCUAGACAAAUACGAGUUUGCAUAUAGAAGUUCUGCUGCGACUGAGCCAGAAGUUGAAAGAGAACCUGAAGCAUCCUCUGAAUACAGGCCAGACGUUGCCCCUGAUGAGUCUUGGAAACACUCGUCGAAAUCCAUUCCAGUUAAUGAAGUUGGACCUUACAAUUAUACUUCACAUCCAGACCAACCGAGAGAAAACCGACACGAUAGCCGAGAAACAACCGUCAAGAAAAUCGAGCUUAGACCCGAGGUGUCCUUGUUUACGAUCUCGCCAAGAGAGCAGAGCAUCCCACACAAGAAACCAACAAGUCCGGAUGCUGCAGCUUCCUCCCUUGCAGGUGACACCGGGGAUACUGGUCCUUAUAGAUACAGCUCUUGGUACGAGGAGCCAAAAGAUGACACCCCUGCGAUGGCAAUUGCUUUGGUGAAGAGUGACAUAAGACUUCCGCCUGAGUACAUUUCGGAAAGGAAAACUGCUGAGAAGCCUAAGCCUAAACCUAAGCCCGAAGGACGUCCCAGGGGUCCGGGAGAAAGGCUAGAGGACGGCGAGUAUAGUGGUAUCAGAGUCAUGUGGUAUGAUGAACCAAGUGAGGAGAAACCCAAUGAAUCAGAUGACGUCAUUAUCAUCUCUUCAGUCGAACCUCAAGAGGAAAGCCAACCUAAAGAAGAAACACCCCUUUCACCUGAGGUUGAGCCAGGAACCUACAAAUACAGUGCGUGGUAUGAGGAACCUUCUGAAGAACCAACAGGUGAUAAUUAUUUUGCUGUUUCACGUCCGGCUGCUGAAGAAGACAAAUCAAAAUCGGACUCUGCUAGAGCUCCCGUGUCGCCUGAAAAAGGGCCAGGGCGAUAUAAAUUUAGUGCAUGGUAUGAUGAACCACCCGAAGAGCCAUCAAAAGAGGAUUACUUUGUGCUCUCUUCUCCUAGCGCAAAUGAAGACACGUCAAAGCCUGCCUCAUCAAGCACAAGAAACAGGGAGGAAAUAUUUAAGGAAGGACUAUCACGCAGUGCUUUGUAUGAACACUACCAAUCUCAGAAGCCGGCCACUGAGGAUCCUUCAGCAACAUUUGUCAUCUCUCGCCCUUACGAGGAAGUGUUACGACCCCAAGAUGAAGGAAUUCGAUCAACGAAGUCUACUGCAGAUGAUUUGUAUUAUCCCCAAGAAGCAGGUAUAGAUAGGAAUGUGAAAGAGCCAAGUGGGAACAGUUUGUCUGUAGAGGGCAAUGUGUCCGGCACAUCAUCCCGUAACAAUAGCUACGGCAGUAGUAGAACCUCGGGUUCUCUUGCAGAUGUCAGUGCGACAUCGGGUGAAGCCAUGAGACGAACGUGGAGUGACGAUUCGGACGAGUUUCGUAACGGCAAGGACUCGACAGUAUUCGAGCCGCCUGCUGUUCAGCGAGUCACAAAACUUCCACCGCAGCCAAAGCCUCGUAAGGGGAAACCUAGUGCACCGUCAAGCAGCGAUGACGAACAACAAACUCAACAGCCGAGGAGGCCAGGAAGAAGUGAUAGACGAGUACCGGAGGCGAAACCAGAUUUAGGACAAAAUCUCAGUCCUAGAGAUGAGUACGCUCUUGCUUCAUCUUCGUGGAGGCAGAUCCCGGUAGAGGAGCCUCGUCCACCUCAGGAGAGUGCUAUUUGGGACUCUGGAGAUGACAGGCUUGGAAGAAUGAGACCUGGAAAUCGCGGUGUGCAUGACAACAGGUACUCAGUGCCGGAAAAACCUCGCAAGGAGAUUGAACAGAUGCUAGACUCACUCGUUGAUGACGAGGAUGCCUUUGAUAGGCCUCAAACUCACGGGAGAGUACCACAGCUACCCCCACAGCGUUUGGAUGAUGCACCGGCUAUGGGUAGAUGGAGAAAUGAUGGUACAAGAAGCAUGAACCUUUUGCCUCAGACUCAGAGUAAGAGCUAUGAGUUUGUUGAAACAUCUUUCCAGGAAAGUCGAUUUCAGUCCACUUCUGAAUCUCAUAUCCCUAGAGGGUUUGACGAGAAGGAAGCAAGGGGACGGCACCCAGAUUUUGCUCAGCCAAUUACGGUCUUGCGUCCGCGAGGCAAUGAGCCAUCAAGAAUGCCAGAAACCAGACCUGACAACAAGCGGCUACCAGAAGGCCGUGGGAGACAACCAGUUCCUCGAGAUGACGGAAAUGAUGGCCCACCAAGCUCCAGGGAUGAAUACAGACUUGCUGCUGCAUCGUGGGAAAAUAUGUCUUCAGCCAGUGAUGAAGGUCCCUUCAAACGAACCAAGAUGGAAACAUGGGACAAUGACCCUGACGCUGGUCCAACACAAACAGCGUAUCCGGCAGCUUUGAUUUCGAAGCAGAGUCAUCAACCAGAGCGGGCUCCAGGUUUUUCUGAAGAAGCAUACGCUCCUCCUCGUGGCCCAAGAGGAAAAGGUAAUGGAAUGGUAGUCACUGCAGACGUUCAUGUACCUUAUGUCCCACCACCUGUCCCUGGCGACCCUCAAUUGGCAGUGCAGAUGUUGAGUGUCAGUUCAUCCACAGCCGAGUUGGCACCACCACCUCCUACCGAUUGGGGUACACCACGCAAGGCUUACAGCACCCUUGCAAUCAGUCAGCUAGUACCCCGUCAACCCAACAUGGAGGUUAUCAUACCUGACGCAGAAGCUAGUGUGCCCAGACGUCAUCAUCGGUCCAAGGGUAGAGGUCUCCAUCCUCCCCCAUCAGGACCCAGAUCUGGUCGGCCUCACUCCCCGGUGUCCAUCGCAUCUUAUUCCAGCACCCAGUCGCUCCCAGCUCGGAUUCUUCCACGGCUACCCCGCGACAACGAGCUUGAGAAACUGAAACAGCACAUCGCUGAAAUCGGCAAACUGACUGAAAUAAAAAGUGCCGAGCUGAGGAAACUCUACAGGAGAAAUCCUUCCGUGAGGCAUCACAUUCCAAUGAGGGGACCGCGCGGGGAGCUCAUUAGUCCAGAUGGGCGGGUACUAUCAACGCCAGAAAAGCCAAACAGGGCCGAGCUGGAGAAGUACAAGCGGUUCUUUGACAAGCUCCCAGAGCCACACUUCCGGAGGUUGAUGCAUGAGAUGUUGGAGUACAAGCACAUGGUGAAACAGAAGGAGGAGGAGAUAAGAAGAUUAAAUACUCAGUGCGUUGGGUUGAGGAAGAGGCUCGCUCAGCUCGCUCAACAGGGCAAAUAAGACUUGGUUUAUAGACCCGUAAGCAACUUAAUAGAUAUUGACUUACAGGAGUGUUGCAGUCGAGUCCAACACAAGUCCUCAAAAGUCAUUCACAAGUGCUAAGCUUGAGACUCGGUCAAGUCUUAAGCUAUUCAAAUGAACUUUGACAUACGUAUUCAUUUGAUAUUGUCCAACCACUGUAUAGUGAAGCACCCAGGAUUUGGCUUCGGUGGGGGGCUCACAAAUUUGUUUUCCAAUUUUUUUUAGAAGUUUGAUUUUUUUCAAAAAAAUG